AUGUCUUACCAACAGCAGCAGUGCAAGCAGCCUUGCCAGCCUCCACCUGUGUGCCCACCACCGAAGGGCCCUGAGCCCUGUCCUCCCCCAAAGUGCCCUGAGCCUUGUCCUCCUCCAAAGUGCCCUGAGCCCUGUCCUGAGCCAUGUUUCCCUCCCUCAUACCAGCAGAAAUGCCCUCCUGUGCAAACUCCUCCACCCUGCCAGCAGAAAUGUCCACCCAAGAGCAAGUGA